CACUGUCCCUGCGAGUUCUUUAAGUUCCCUGCAAUCUGUACCCAAGAGAAAGAGGGAGAGAGAGGGAGAGACAGAGAGAGCAGGGGACCAGGUAAAGCACUGGGCUGCUGCAGCCACUCAGACUCAGGAGCUGGAGAAUCGCCAAGGAUGCAGAAGGAAAUGAAGAGGAUCAAAGAUGAGGAUGUGCAUUUCGGUUUGGGCGUGAAGAGGGCCGCCUCCUUCCCCCACUGCCUGCAGCCCGUGGUUUCCCGGGAGAAAGCUCCCCCAAGACACCUCUUCCCCGAAGCUCUCCGGGGGCCCUUCCCCCAGUUUCGGUAUGAACCUCCUCCGGGAGACCUAGACGGGUUUCCGGGGGUCUUUGAAGGAGGAGGGUCUCGGAAACGGAAGAGCAUGCCCACCAAGAUGCCCUCCAACCAGCCCGCGGACGCCUUGGCCCCCGCGCUGCCCCCCGAGGAGAGCAAGGCCCGCGGCGCCCAGGGCCUCCCGCUGCUGUUCGCGCAGCCCCCGCGGCCCGCGCGGGACUCGCAGAUGAUCGACCUGUGCAACGUGGGCUUCCAGCUCUACCGCGCUCUGGAGCCCCUGGGGGGCCGGCCCGUGAAGCAGGAGCCCUUGAAGCCGAGCGCCGUGUGGCCCCAGCCCGCCGCGCCCCCGUUCCUGCCCGCGCCCUACCCCUGCUACCCCAAGGUGCCCCCGGGGCUGCUGCUGCCCUUCUUCCUGCCCUCCGCUGCCCCCUUCCCCUUCGGCCGGCACGCCUUCCUGCCCAAGCCGCCCCCCGCGCCGCUGCUGCCCCGCAAGGCCGAGCCCCCGGGGCCCGAGGAGGCCCGGCAGAAGGUGGAGAGGGUGGACGUGAACGUGCAGGUGGACGACAGCUACUACGUGGCCGUGGGCGGGGCGCAGAAGCGCUGGCAGUGCCCCACCUGCGACAAGUCCUACACGUCCAAGUACAACCUGGUGACGCACAUCCUGGGCCACAGCGGCAUCAAGCCGCACGCGUGCACGCGCUGCGGGAAGCUCUUCAAGCAGCUCAGCCACCUGCACACGCACAUGCUCACGCACCAGGGCACGCGGCCCCACAAGUGCCAGGUGUGCCACAAGGCCUUCACGCAGACCAGCCACCUGAAGCGCCACAUGAUGCAGCACAGCGAGGUGAAGCCGCACAACUGCCGCGUGUGCGGCCGCGGCUUCGCCUACCCCAGCGAGCUCAAGGCCCACGAGGCCAAGCACGCCAGCGGGCGGGACAACAUCUGCGUGGAGUGCGGCCUCGACUUCCCCACGCUGGCCCAGCUCAAGCGGCACCUCACCACGCACCGCGGGCCCGUGCAGUACAGCUGCUCCGAGUGCGACAAGACCUUCCAGUACCCGAGCCAGCUGCAGAACCACAUGAUGAAGCACAAGGACAUCCGGCCCUACAUCUGCUCCGAGUGCGGCAUGGAGUUCGUGCAGCCGCACCACCUCAAGCAGCACUCGCUCACGCACAAGGGCGUGAAGGAGCACAAAUGCGGGAUCUGCGGGCGGGAAUUCACCCUGCUGGCCAACAUGAAGAGACAUGUGCUAAUCCACACCAACAUCCGGGCCUACCAGUGUCACCUGUGUUACAAGAGUUUUGUGCAGAAGCAGACCCUCAAGGCACACAUGAUCGUCCACUCUGACGUGAAGCCUUUCAAAUGCAAGCUGUGUGGGAAGGAAUUCAACCGCAUGCACAACCUGAUGGGCCACAUGCACCUGCACUCCGACAGCAAACCCUUCAAGUGCCUUUACUGCCCGAGCAAGUUCACCCUGAAGGGGAACCUGACGCGCCACAUGAAGGUCAAGCACGGGGUCAUGGAGCGGGGCCUCCAUUCUCAAGGUUUCGGCAGGGGCCGGAUGGUGCUCACGCAGACGGCGGGGAUGCUGAGGGCUCUGGAGCAGGAGGAGCCCUUCGACCUGUCCCAGAAGCGCGGGGCCAAGGCGCCGGCGUUCCAGUCGGACGGGGAGAGCGCCAGAGGCAGCUCCUGCCACGAGGAGGAGGACGAGGACCCCUGCUUCGAGGGGGAGCAGGGCAGCCCGGGCCUGGCCCCCCGCAGCCGGCGGCGCUGCGCAUCCCAGGAGCCCUCCCAGGCGGAGCCGGACCCCGGGGCGCGGGAGGAGGCCCUCGGGGAGCAGGAGGCCAAGCCCAUGGGGACUCCUCCGGGGAUGGGCAGGGGCAGCCUCGUGGCGGAGGGUCCUAGCCGCGGGGCUCUGCUCAGCGCCCGGCGGGGCUCCUCCUUCUCUGAUUACUUGGACUUCAAGCACAGAGAUGAGAAUCUAAAAGAAUUACUGGAGAGGAAAAUGGAAAAACCAGCCGUGCUUUUAGGCAUCUAAGGACAGUUUUAAAACUCCAUUUGGAAAAUGACAACCAGGCUGUGCAAAUGUAGCCUUCUGCCUGAGCUGCCAUUUGCUGGAGCCCUGUGAAGGGCACUGAUCUUCCCAAAUGGCUCCGACUAACCGAGCAGGGACUGUCUUCAGAGAUGCAGAUGCCUCUCAGGUCCUUCCUUGGGCCCUGGAUGUUUACCCCACACGUGCAGGGGUGUCUUUAGCACUGUUCUGAGGAUUUCCAGCGUAAUACACUGUAUAUAACCUUCUAGAUCUGGAAUUGCAAGCUGAUGCAGAGGGUGCUGAGAAAGCCUGUUUUCCUUUGACUCAUAUGCCAUACAUGGUCAAUUCCUUUCUCAUGGCAAAAACAUGGUGCUUGACAUGUUACCUUAUUAAUGACUAUUUAGUUGAAUGUGCGAAAGUUAUAAUAUUUUUCCAGAUAGAUGAAAAUAUUAGUAGUUGUAUGGAUAACAAUCGCCUUUAUUAAAUGGUCAAAAAUACCAGAAAUGACACAGGAGGGGGAGUUAUUGAGAAGGAUGCUCUCAUGUAGUUGCUAGAGAUACAGGAUGAAAUUGCGGGAGACUAUGAAUGAUUUUGACUAAGGAAACUCCAGCAACAUUUAGGUUCCCACCUGAGGCUGCCUUGUCCUGCUCCGGCCGCUUGGCCGCCUUCGUCAGCUGCGGCACAGGGAGGGGAUUUUCAGAUGGCCUCCCGAUGGUGCUGCGGCUGCAGGCCAGCAACCUCCCUCCUGGACACCUUGCCCUGAAGCCCCCCGGCCCCCGGGGAAGCAGCUGCAGGAAGCGUGUCCCCAAGAGUGGGGGUGGGGAAGGAGCGCUCCCUGAAAUCUAAGCUGGGACUUCCUUUGGGUAUGGGAGUAACCACCAGCCAGUCACUAGGAGGGGGACGGGGCCCUGUUCUCAACGCUGCCUGCACGUUAGAAUCAUCUCGGGGAACCUUUUACAAAUACCAGUGCCGGGCCUCAGCCCUGAGACGCCAAUUUCAUUGGUCUGCAGGGGAGCCCCAGCGCUGGCAUUUUCCAGAGUGCCCCCGAUGAUUCUUACACGCAGCCAGGGUGCGAACAACAGACUGAGCUAAGACAGAGGCUCCAGGACCCCUCCGGAGACUCCGUCCAUAUUUCUGUUUCUGGCUUCAGACUCAUUAAGACAAAGAGCAGGAGACCUCAAAGCAUGCUGCUGACCUGGGCCCUCGGACCUGUCCUGUGAAGCCUCACGAGACGACACACACACGCAUGCACGCUUGUGCGCGCACACACACACAUUGUGUAGACACACACCUGCUGGACUAGAAGAUGAUGCCUGUGGUGUGGAUGGUCCCUGAAUGUGUAACAAUACACCGCCUGCCUGCAGUUCCUAGCGAUGUCUUCCUGGGUGCUUGCGGCCGGAUUCCAGGGUGAGGAUGACCGACGUGGGUGGGGGAGCCCAGCGGGCCGGCUUCCUAGUAAAGCGGUGUUGACAGAGUGACCACACGCAGUCACCUCUGGUUCUGUGCUUGUGUUUACGUAAAACCUGCCCUUCGGUUGGUGGUUUCAAUUCUUGCCUCUUCAUUGUCUGCCUUCCUCUCCUCCCGGAGUGCCCGAUGGGUUUCUUUGGAAGACCUGGCCUGUCUCUGACUGUUGGACGCUGGCUUUCUCUCUGGGCCAACGCGCUUCCUCCCUCAGCUCACUGCACUGUCCUCGUGCCCCCGUGCACUUGGUCGGUCCUGACACACGUCUCCUGCCACCUGGCCUGAAGUGCCCUCUUUCAGCCUCAGCCCCACCACAAAGCACAAGGCUGCGUGCGUUUCCUGCAGCCACGCCGUCCUGAGGUCAGGGCAAGCAGAGCAGAUGCGGAAGGCAAUACUGCGGGUUCCUGCAGUUACAAGCACAACUCUGAGCCAAGACCCUGCUCCAAGUCCUCAGAAGGACAACUUGCCUGCCUUCCCCUCACUGUUCUUAAUUCAUUCUUAAUAAAGCUCCUCAGUGCCUCUGAUGAAACGGCCCAGGCAGCUGGCAGAGUGGCCUGCGAGGCCGCCAGCUCGUGGGGUCCCGUUACAUAGUCAUUCCUGCAGGAGCCAUGUGUUCGGGACCCACUACAAGGCUGCAGGCUUCCAGUUUGUUCUGGGUGUGCCUCGCUGGAAUAGGAGCCAGGACAUCUGGAAUAGCAGGCCCUAGUCUUUUCCAGCCCAGACAAAUCGCGUGACGCUGUUUGAGGAACAAGUUAACGUUGAGAUGGAGAGAGUAUGGUCUAGAAAGGUGGUUUUCCAAUUGUGUGUUGAGAGGCCAGAGGGCCCUUGUAGGCCCCUCCAGAGCAGCCGGGGAAGAAGGAGAGACCCCCAGCCCUCAUGUCCACUCCACUCCAAGCAGCCCACACUUCGUCUGUGUUGUAUGUUAGCCUUCCACGUAAGAUUUCACUUGGAGGGAGGAUAAAAGGUCGAGGAAAAGUGAUAAAAAGCUGUUACGGAGCGGUUCGAAACUCUGUUUUUAGUUCUUGACUCUGGGUAUGAGAGACUUAAUUAGAUCUAACGUGAUGGUUGACAUACACCGACCUUCUGAGGGCCGAGGCUAACACCUUGGUUUCGUAUGUGACCAACAUCCUGGUUUGCCUGGGACAACUGUGGCUUAUACUUGUUGUCCCAGGGUAAUUAUCAAUAGUGUCACUUUAACUCUCAAAAGUGUCCCAGUUUGGGUGAUAAGUUGUAUGGCACGCUCUGCGUGCGUGCAGAGCUAAGGGGAGGGUUGGCCAACCUUGCCUGUGAGCUAACGAGCAGGAUGCAAGGCUGGAGGAGGCCCAUGGGGCCAUCCUCGGAGAGCGAGGGAUGAAGCCAUCCAAGGCUGCCCACACUCCAAGGGCCAGGACAGCAUGACAUUCAUCGCAGUGUGACACUCUGAAAAUAGGCCACUGCCAAAGGCUUUCCAGGCCUUGGAGCACUGUCACUUUGAACCAGCCAACUGACUGGCCAGGUGGCAUAUUUUUCUUUUAUCCUUUUUAUUCAGGCCUAUGGUUAUCCCUGCUUGUUGCCUUUCAACUCAUUCUCUCUUUUUAAAAGUUUGACCCC